GUUGUAGUGGUGUUGAUGGUAGUUUUUGAUGUAACCAACGAGGGUAGAAGAGGGACGUCCAACGAAGGACCAGCGGCCUCCAAGCAGCAGGAAUUUGAGCAUUCCAGCAGCAUGGUACCGUUAGGAGCGAGUUCGCCUCGGCCUCGGUUUCGGAUGCCGCUACUCAUGUGUGCAAAGUGAUCUCAAUUAUAUUGGAUUGCCUGUCGAACUGUGUCGCCGGUGGUUGUUUUGGAUGCUUCCUUCGCAAUUAGCGAUUCCACGACUUUCUAGUAAAAGUCCCACCGGGUCUGACUGCUGCCUACUUUCGGUGCAUCUCGCGAAACCCACCUAGGUGCUAGAUGGAUGCGACAUGCCAGUACGAAAAUCGUUUUCGCUCGAUACGAUCGGUGCGGUGGAGCAUUACGAGCGCGCGGUUUUCCGCCGUGCAUGUACAGUUUGAAAUCGGUUUGAGGCAGUGGGUCACUAGGUUCAAUAAGAUACAAUCAUCCUCGAGCAUCUAUUUGUGUUCCAGUUAUGAGCGCAACAAUCAACUGAGGAAUUAGCUAAACAAAACAAAGAGACGAACUGGCCAGAAGAUGGAUGUGACUGAAACCCAACCGUCGAACGGUUUCCUCGGUGAUGGCAACAGCGAGUUCGUCACUGUCGUUUCCGUAGGGACCACCGAGCAUAUCAACCCUCCAGAAGAUGUAUCAAGCACCGGCUACGUAACGGUUUUGACCAUAGGCGAGGACGAGUCUCGCGAGAAGAUUGAAGAAGUGUUAGUGUACAGACUACCCGGGGAACGGUUGGGUUUUGGCCUGAAAUUUGAGGGUGGCACCAAAGCUGCUGAAUUUGUGAAACGUCUCUUUAUACAGUCGUGCGCGCCUGAUAGUCCUGCAUCGCGCGUUCGCAGCUCCUGGGGUUCCUUAACCGAAGGCGAUGAAGUGCUGGAGAUUGACUCCUUUCCAGUGAAAUCAAUGACUCGUAUAGACUGCGUCAGGUGUCUGAAGGACUCCAAUGUUGUAAUAAAAUUAUUAGUUAAACAUAACGAAACAGUUAAGCUCGCAAGAUCCACGGAGGAUUUGCCUUUAGUUAUAAGUGCUGAGAAAAAGCGGACGCCUCCGCCGCCACCACCAGUGCCGCCCAGGAAGAUCCCCAGGAGGUUGUCAAAAGAGAAUAUUGUGGUUAAUCAAGAACCUCCAGUACCAUCGACCCGCGUUGACGUUAAGAACCGUAGCAGCACGCGCAUUCCCCAACCUGAAGUUCACAAAAGAGAUCGUAAGCUAUCGGAUGGAAGCAACGGUCCACCAGAUGCAGAGCUGUACGUCGACCUGUUCUCGCAAGAAUCUCCUUACUGCCUAAGCGAAUCAGACGAUACAGGAAGCUCGAUAUCCACCGUCGUCGAUCGUUUCAGCUCCUUUCCGACGACGACGACAUCCAGCUUCGCCGGAAGCUUGCCAUCAACACCAACAGCGAUACAGAAGCAGCUCGACCUUUCAAAAGUUUUCUAUCCGUUCGAGAGUGAUGACACCGAAGAUAACUAUCUGUUCAGCAAGCUGAUUUCGCUGCAAUCCACCGACGAAACUGAUUUCAUCGAAGAGCCUCCGAUAGAGAAAGUUGAGAAACCGGAAGUUUCGCCACUUCAACCUCCUGCUAACUUCCAGGACGCUCCUUUGAGCUACGGUGAUGAAGACGUGCGUGCUAUGGAAGCUCCAAUUUUAAACGAAAUGAAACCUAAAACUGCCGAGGAUGUGGAGAGGCGACGACCGCCACCGCCUCCUCCUAGAACCAAGCACCAGAGCAUCAAGGAGAAGAACAACAACGAUUAUGAAACGAAAAAUGAGUAUGUAGAGAAUCUGCCGCGACUGGUGGAUUUCGUGCCUAAGUCUUCUAAAGCUGAAACUUACGAAACGAUAAGGAAAUUUUUGGAGAACGAGCAGAGAUCUUCUUCGAGCUACCACUACGAUAAGGACAACUACCAUUGGGGCCACGAGAUGUACACCUAUAACUGGAUGCCGUCCACGCAGCUUGCCACGAUCGGGGAGGACGAGGAGGAAUCUCUUAUCGAACGGAAUUCUCCACUGGCGCCGAUUGUAAUAGUAGAGAAUGCCGAUGUCGAAAAGGACGUGAUCAUGAGAGAGGACUUUGAUGUACCGGACGGUAUCCAUGAACCAACAACUUCAGAUGCUAUCCAGCCACAAUCGAAAGCCCCAGAAGCAGCUGCAAGGAGCGUAGCAGCGCCAACAGCACCAGUGAGAUCCCUUACCCCACCAGAUGCUGAAGUUAUGGAGGCACCAUCGAUCAAUUCCCGCCAGCCGCCCGACGGCCAUGAAUUCCCAGAUUACCAGGAAACGCCAGUAAUUCCGAAACCCAUAAUGUCAGGCCGCAUUCCGAAUCCUAUACAAUCCAGAUCAUUAAACUCCCAGGAACAGCAGAGCACUAACAAAGUUCGCAAUAUGAUUGCCAAAUUCUCGACAAGUCUAGAUGAGCAGCUAACAUCGGAGCCCGGCGCGCUCGAGUCAUACAAGAGUCUGUCGAAAUCUGUGAUGAACAUGAACACUAUCGUUCCGAGUUCCUUAACUAAUGCUAAUUAUACUUUAAACAACAAGAGUUCUCUAGACUUAUCCGAAACCUUGCCAGAGAAACAAACUUCACUUGCUACGCCGAAGGCGCCGCGGUUAGGUCACAUGCGUUCGCAGAGUAUGAUCAAUAUCUCCGAACAGAAGCCGAAAACAGACCGGUGGCAUUUAAUUGCUGAACAACAGAGAAGAUCCUUCUCGAAAUUGAAGGGUUUGAUCAUUCCAGAACACACGGACGUUGAUGAAAAUGUAGCAACGGUGGAUCUACCGGAAAUCAAGAGCGUAGUCACUCAUACUCUUCCGCUAACGAAGGAAAAAUCAUCGCCUACAAACGCACAUGUGCCGAAACAUAGCCGCAACUCAUCCACGCCUAGCUUGACCACUCCGAUCUGGAACUCAAACAAUUCCAAUGCCAUACCUAAAUAUUCGCCGGCGUUCAAACGGAAAAGCCUGCAGAUCUACGGAUCAAAGCCGGAGGAAUCGAAGCCAAAGCCGCAAAAGCAAUCAAUUACUAGUCAAUUGGAUGACGAGAGUCGUCUGCCAGUAACAUUGUCUUUGAACGAGGCUCCCAAGUCAUUAGAGAGUAUAACUUCCCCGACGCGUUCCGACUGCAGCUUCGAAUAUAUGAGCAGCUCACCAGAACUGAAGGCCACCAAAGUAGUUGCCGACCCCAAGCCGAUCGCCAAACCUAAGGAAGAGACCGGUCGAUCAGAGGAUGAAAGCGAUAAUGAUUCUGCGGUAAGCUCGAGCCAGUCGAGCUACAUCUCCAGGAAUUCACCACCGGUGUCCCCGAACCACCUGCAAUCCAAUUUCCCGACCCCGCGCGAAAGCGACCUGUCGCCGCGUACCUGUGGCAAGUACGACUUAACCGGUUCCGAAUUGCAGACCGCCGACAGCUUAAACCCGCGCCUGCUGAAGCCCCAAAGCGUCGAAGCGAUCAACCGGAAAAACAUAUUGGCCUCAGCAAAAUGUCGCAGCGGUCGCGAUCUUAAGGUCGGCUCCCCGCUCAUCCAACGGAAAUUCGAUGAGGAAGUUACAAAAACAGAAGAAGUUGGUGAGAGUCCGAUGGUCGUUGAGGAAGCGCCGCCAGCGGAAGCGAACGGCCACAAGCCCAAGGAAAACAAGCGGCCACCCACUUUGGACCUCAGCAAAAUUCUUCCUAGAUCUACCUUGAAAAAUAACAAGACAGCUAGCGUCACAGAUUUGCGGAAGAAUUUUGAAAAGAUGGCACCGCCAUCUCCGAAAGUCCGAACGCCACCCAUAACUCAAGCGCAACCAGCACAGAAACCCACAACUCCGAUAACUACUAUUACCACCAAACGCAACUCAUUGCCAUCCAUUCCACAAGUCAGCGUAAAGUCCUUAGAUACCAAGGAAACCACGAAGAUUAUCGUGGAAGCAAUUACUAAUUUAGACGAGCCCAUUACCAAAGAAGAAGUCAAAGUGAUUAACCUCUGCCCAGAAAUCGCAGGAGGCAGCAUUGGAAUAACGUUGGCUGGAGGAGUUGAUUAUGAAACGAAAGAGAUCACUGUACAUAAGGUACGUCAAGGGAGUCCAGCUCAUCGCGAUGGGCGCUUAUCGAAGGGUGUCAGGAUUUUAAGUAUAAAUGGAAAAACAAUGAAAGGACUUACACACGCUGAAUCAAUAGCCAUUUUAAAAGAAAACGUUCCUGAAGUGGUUUUGGUAAUAUAUAACAUGAAAGAAGUAGCAACUACCCCGGCACUAACACCAUCUUCUCGGCAUAGCUCCAUGUAUGAUCUUCUAAAAAUCGCUCCUAAGGAUUCACCGAUUCCAGCAUCACAUAGUGUGAAGCAAGAAGAAAUUGUGGUGACUUUAGUUAAAGAUGCAGCUAGUUUGGGUUUUAGUAUGGAGGGAGGGAAAGAGUCACUGCAGGGAGAUGUGCCAUUGGUCAUUAAAAAGCUUUUCACUGGUGAUUUUUCAUUAUAUUUUUUUAGCAUUCAUACUAUUUGUUUAUACCAUUAUGUUGUAGGAGGAACCGCGGACAAGUGUGGAAAAUUGAAAGUGGGGGAUGAAAUCAUUGAUGUGAAUGGCAUAAAUGUGACAAAUAUGCCGCGAAUAGAUGUCUGGUCAUUAAUGAAGAAGUUACCGGACGGAGACGUCAUACUUAAAGUGCGAAGAUAAAGCAACACUUUUAGUCAGACACAAUGUACAUAUUUUAUACAUAUAUAUAUAAUAUAACUUCUUGCUUCAAAUUGUUUCUUUUAAGAGAUCUGCGGAAUUAUUUUACAUUUACUAUAAAUGCUUAAAUAUCAGUAUUUUCUUCGUCUUUAUAUAACUUCAGAAAAUGUUAUCUUA